GAUGAGACGGGCAUGAAAGAGGGCUGGCAGAUGUGGAUGGAGUGAGAGGCCUCGGCACCAGUGAGAACCACUGAGCGUUAGAGGAAGUUCAACAAGGGCGUGGUCAAUCCUUUACCCAACUUCCAUUUUCUCUCAGUUAUGAGAAACCCACAGAUGCUGCACACUGUUCAAAUCUGAUUGGAUGUGAUACGCCAGAUCAAAAUGAGCAUCAAGAUUAUGUUGCGAGGGAUGUCCUUUUUUCUGUUACUCAUCUUCAGAAAUUAUGCUGCUGAGAAUGUGACCGAAACCACCGCAACGCCACCAGAAAGUGAUGCACCUCUGUCCAACACCACUGGACCCAUGGGUCAUGUUAACCUGAAUGCGACAGGGGUGACAAUGAGUCCACAGCAGAUAAACCUCACCGUACCUGUGGCGAACACAAACAUCUCAACUGUGACCUCCGCCGUGACCCCCAACAAGACGUCUGCCGCACAGCCGACUGCCGUCAAAACCACCACGACCACCACCACCACCAAAGUAACUGUGUGGGAUAAGAGAUGGGAUGAGCCCUUUAAUUACAAUUACACAUCUCUGCGUCAAGGAGGGUUGAUUAUUGCUGCAAUUCUUUUCGUGAUGGGAAUCUUGGUGCUUGGUUGUGGCAAAGUUAAACGAAUCCCACGGUGUCGAAUUGGCAAAGGAAGUUCAUAUGUGGUGACCAGAAGUUAACACUCUGAUCAGCCGGCUCUCCAAUAAACAGAAGAACAGCAGGAGAACACAAAGGAGCCAGUCAGACCUGUUCCGACAGCGGUUACAGACUUACAUUUCCCCCUUUGUGAGAACAUCAUAAAUACAAGAUGGAGAGGUUGUGUGUGUGUGUGUGUGUGUGUGUGUGUGAACGUGUUCAUUAUUUCCAACUGAUCUCCGGGUUUGUCACAUUGAAACGCCGGGGAAUAAGAUAUGUGCUUUCGUGCAGCACUAAACACCAACGGUAACACACCGGCUGAGACUCCGGCAGAUCCCAACGUAAUCACGCUUCUCAGACACAAAAUCCCUUCAUCCCUUUGCUCUCCUGCACCAAACUGCUCUGUUUAAGCAUCAAACUUUGUACAACACAGGCCUGCACUUGUGUUUUAUUAUUAUUAUUUCAAUAUGUGCAUCCUCAGGUGUGUCAAUCAUUUGGAAUUGGAGGCGUUGUGUAGCUCGCAAGCGCCCUCAAGAGGCUUUCAGACACAUUUAUCAUGAGUUCUCCCAAGAGGAGAGAAUAAAAACCAUUUGACUCUGA